UUGAUGUAUCAAGAAGUUUUGACUUCUAUUCUCUUCAAAUUCUAAAGUGCAAAUAUGAAUGGAGAGGGUCGUGGGGGAAAUUCCCCUGCUUGUGCUGCUUGCAGGCAUCAUAGAAGAAGGUGCCACCAGAGCUGCGAGUUGGCACCCUACUUCCCAGCAAGCAAAUAUCAUGAGUUCAAAAAUGCUUUGAAGCACUUUGGGUUAAGCAACAUUGUAAAAAUCAUGAGUAUGGUCCGACCCGAUCAAAGACAAGCAGCUGCAGAGUCGAUACUGAUGGAGGGCAAUGCGAGAUUGGAUCACCCUGCGCAUGGCUGUCUAGGCAUCAUUCGGAACCUCCACAGGCUCCUGGAAAUUUAUGAAUCCGAGCUCGCUGCUGUGAACCAACAGCUAGCUGUCUUCAAGGCAAGCUUGUCUUCAACACCACAGCCAUCGCAGCCUGAAAUUGACCACCUUGUUGCCAAAAUAUUUAAUGAAGGAGACAAUCCCCUCUGGGUGAAUUUGGAAGCAGAUGCAAUCAUCAACAGUGUUCCAUCUGACUCCAAAGGAAAGCAGCCUGUCAAGCCUGAUGAGGAAGCAAAGGACAAUGAAGCUGAUGAUAUCUUUAUGGAAAGUGAUUAA